CCUGGCCUGGUCCAGUGAAUAGCAAAUUUAUCUCAUCUUUCGCUCCAUCUCGAAAUUCCCCAAUUGACGCAUUUUGCUCUCCUCUUCAGCUUCUGCUUCUCUUCGUUUCGCUUCCCUUUCGCUACGUCGAUACGUCUCCGACAUCCUCUCCCUGCCGCUGACUUCGAUCGUUCGAGGGAAAUCUUGUCCUUUGUACCUCUUUUCUGCCUCCUGUUAGCUUCCGCUAUUUGCGUUGCUCCAGAGAAUUUCGUCGUGUUCAGCCGUUGUCGGACCACUUGCCAGUGGACACUACGAAACCUACGAAACCAAUUCGUUUCCGAGUCGCCUCAGUCACCUCAGUUUUUGACCUACUGAGCAUCGUUAGAUUAUUUUCGACAACUCAAUUGCUGUGAACUCGAUCCAUCCUUUCGGAACUUUUCUUUACCCCUCCGAGCGACUACAAUAUAACUAUGUCCAAGCUUGCUGUGGCCAAGGAGGCCGUCAAGGAGGCCGUCAUCGGCACACACGAACCUGAACAGCUUGCUGCCCACACCAAGGCGCGCUUCACCAAGCAUGCUAUCAAGGACCCUGAGACAGGCGAACUGUACCUCGGACCCGAUGAGUUUAUCAACGCUGUUGCGCCUGAGGGCGAGGAUUACCACAAGAUCUCCCGUGAUCAAUAUUCCAUUCUAUUCAGCGUCGCGGAUGUCAAUGGUAAGGGCAAAGUGAGUCUUGCUGACUGGGGUAUUUUCGAGCACCUCCUCAACAAGCCGGAUGCCGAGUAUCAGAUCGCUUUCCGCCUCUUUGACGUUGAGCGCACUGGCUCUGUUAAGUAUGACGAUUUCCGCACCUUGUACGAGCUUAACAAGGGCCCCGACAACCUGACCUUCGACUGGGACUCCGACUGGGCCAAGAUUUACAUUGGUAACAAGAAGCACCGUCACCCUCUCGACUAUCCUCAGUUCUGCCAAAUGUUGCGCGGUCUCCAAGGCGAGCGCAUUCGGCAGGCCUUCCACCAGCUUGACAAGGACGGUGAUGGCUUCAUCAGUGGUGAGGAGUUUGAACGCAUCAUUGUCGAGACUGCCCGUCACAAGCUGUCUGAGCAUAUUCUUGACAAUUUGCACACUCUCGUCAACCUCUCCAUUGGUUCCAAGAUUUCAUACGCCAAUGUCCGCGCUUUCCAGAACGUCAUCGGCGGGAUGGAUCUUGUUGAGCUCAUCUUGCGCCGUGCUAUUGACCAGAGCAAGGACGGCAAGAUCACCCGUCCUGAGUUCCUGAACGAGGCUGCCAAGCUCACGCGCUUCUCUCUUUUCACGCCUAUGGAAGCUGAUAUCCUUUUCCACUUUGCCGGUCUCGAUGAGCCUUCUGGCCGCCUGGGACUCUCCGAUUUCGCCAAGGUCCUUGAUCCUUCGUGGCGGAACCCCAUCUAUGAUGCCGUGGAGGCUACAAAGGCCAAGGUUGCCAGUGGUGGUGUUCUGAUGGGUAUUCUGACAUCGGGUUACAACUUUGCUCUGGGUAGUGUUGCCGGUGCUUUUGGUGCCUUCAUGGUGUACCCCAUUGAUCUGGUGAAGACGCGACUGCAGAACCAGCGAGGCGCCCAGCCCGGCCAGCGCCUCUACAAGAACUCGAUUGAUUGUUUUCAAAAAGUCAUCCGUAAUGAGGGAUUCCGUGGCCUCUACUCGGGCGUGCUACCCCAGCUAGUCGGUGUUGCUCCAGAGAAGGCCAUCAAGCUGACCGUGAACGAUCUUGCCCGAAAGUACUUCACUGAUAAGAACGGCAACAUUACAGUCUUGUCCGAGAUGAUUUCUGGUGGUUCUGCUGGUGCCUGCCAAGUCGUCUUUACCAACCCUCUCGAGAUUGUCAAGAUUCGACUCCAAGUUCAGGGCGAGGUUGCCAAGACCGUCGAAGGAACACCAAAGCGAUCGGCCAUGUGGAUCGUGCGCAACCUGGGUCUCGUCGGAUUGUACAAGGGUGCUUCGGCGUGUCUGCUCCGUGACGUUCCCUUCUCGGCCAUCUACUUCCCUACCUACAGCCAUCUCAAGAAAGACUUCUUUGGCGAGUCCCCGACCAACAAGCUGGGUGUUUUGCAGCUACUGACUGCUGGUGCGAUCGCCGGUAUGCCCGCUGCCUACUUGACGACACCCUGCGAUGUGAUCAAGACCCGACUUCAGGUCGAAGCCCGCAAGGGCGAGGCCACGUAUAACGGUCUGCGACACGCCGCCAAGACAAUCUGGAAGGAGGAGGGUUUCACUGCCUUCUUCAAGGGUGGUCCCGCACGUAUUUUCCGAUCUUCUCCUCAGUUCGGCUUCACCCUUGCCGCAUAUGAAGUUCUUCAGACUCUUCUACCCAUGCCCGGUACUCAGAAGGAGAAGAUCCCAACAGGAGUGUCAGAUGCUGUGUCGACGGUCAAGGGCAGCUUGGACACUAGUCCAUAUGGUCGCAGCCGCAACGCCCUUAAAGUGAUUCUCGAUCUUGAUGAGGACUUUGGCAAGGUCAAGCUUCCCAACGAGAAGGGCUGGCGCUCGCUGCCCAAGAUUAUGGGCGGCGGUGGUCAGUAGAUCGAUGGACAAAAUGAUAGAAAUGACGGGGAGAAUCCAGAAAACGGAUGAGUUGAGGUUUUUGCUCGAUGUUAAGGAAGAUGCAAGAUUGACGAAAGCGAUUGUCCGGUGAGUGCUCGGCUAUUAGGCCUUCAAAAACGGCCCAUGGUCGGGCUUCGAUGUCCGGAGCACGACCCGCCCGUGUCAAUUACCGGACAAAGCCGGGGAGAUCAAUAUUGGAUCGGACCCCCAAUACCCAGCAAGACCAAAAAUCUCUUGAAUCUAUGUUUUCAUUUAGAGCGAAAGACAAAGACAAAAGAACGGGGAUAGAUGGAAGAUGGGAUAAAAAAAGAAGCAGGAUGAGAUAGAGAUAAAUCGGAUAUCCGGUUCCUGGCGGAGCGGAGCGGGCGAGGAAGAGCGUCUGCUUGUUUUGCAUCAGACUCGGCGUUCUGGGGCAUUCAAAGGGCAUGAUGGGAGCUGUAUUUUUACCACCCUUUACUAUGUUAUGUUUAGAAUUCAGUGUUAUCGUUACCUUUAGCUUGUUUGAAUCCUUUCGUGGAAAAGAAAGCGUGUCCAUGAAUUAUGUGUGGCGGUUUAUAUGGGA